GUUAUUCGCUCAACUUCGUCUCCUUUUCUCACUUACUUUUAUUUUCAAUUUCUGUGUUAUUAUUGCUAUAUGCGAGCGGUUUUGUAUUGGUCCUAUGUAGCUAUUAUUCAUCUAACAGGAUUAGUAUUAACUCAAGACACCAAAUUGGCAAAAUGCUCACAACUUUCAAGUUGUGAGCAAUGCGCGGGAAUUGUUGAUCGAGAAGUUAGUUGCAGAUGGUGCCUGGGAUCUUCUCAAUGCUACCCUUCAAAAUAUAUGUGCCAUCCGUGGAAAACGGUACUACACGUGGAAAAUUGUCCGAUUCAAAAAAUACCCACCACGUACAGUGACACAUUUCUAAGAACUGAGAUUGCUGCUUACAUUCAAGCGGCAAAUCGUGUUAGUGAAUACUCACCUGUUGGAGCUCCAAUGUCAUGUCUAUUGAAAUUGAGUUCAAAUGCAAUAGUUAAGUAUGAAUUGGAUGUACCAACUACAUUAGAAGGUAGAACAGUUGGAGUAUUAAUUGGUGUGAACCAUGAUCGACAACAUAUUUUUGUGGGUUUCCGAUCUACAAACGAUCCGUUCCAAUUUGUUGCUCAAUUCUACGUGUUCACAAUGGGAUGGAUGAAAGAUUUUCCACUGGGUGGGAGAAUGGUUGCAAUUUACGUUGAAAUGUAUAAAGAUAUUCUGGAAUUUGGAUUUGAUGCUUCAUUAGAGAAAGUAGUACAAGAGUAUCCAUCGUAUUCAAUGUUAAUCACUGGGCAUUCUCUUGGUGGAGCUAUGGCUACUAUAUUCUCACUUCAUGUUGCUCUCAAAUAUCCACAGAAGAAGACUAGUUUAUAUUCAAUGUCUGCACCACGAAGCGGAGAUGAAACAUUUGUGAAACUUCUGAGAGAACAUGUUUUCGAGGAGUUUCGCGUUGUUCGAGACGGCGAUUUUGUGCCCGACGCGCCGUUCCGUGUGUCACAAACAAUCGAGACAGCUCAUCAUAAUAGUUUUGAAAUAUUUUAUGGAAGUCACAUGGCUGUGGAUAACUAUAAAAUAUGUAAUCAGCCUGAAACAGAAUAUUGUUUGAAAGGAUCUUGGUGGAAGAAACCGGUGGCACACAUGUAUUUGUUUGAUCAAACUUUUUAUAAUUAUCAUUUGGGUUAUUGUGAAUAAAUAUUUCCGUUUUCUAA